AUGAAUGCGGUGUCCUGUUAUAUCAGCCAAUCAGCAACGCCGGUCAAAGGAUACGCGGCCGUAAUGGGGACGGGGGGACAGUUAGCUGGAUAGCCACAUAGCCAAAUAGUGACAGUCUGAGUCCUGCCAGUUAAAUUACGUACGGGUGGUCUCGUCAGUGUGGCGGACUGCUCCACACCCACAGCCGCUUGGACGUGAGCCGACCAGGUCGCUGUGUGCAGAGCUCGUCGGAAGAACGAAGUGUGGCGUGAGGGUAGAAAUAUUGGCAACUAACAGGAUGUUGGUGGCCCCUGCACUCAGCCUGUGUGCCAUGCCUUCAGCCCGGGGCGUGGGUGUCCGUGGCGCACCAUGAGCGGGGAGCCGGAUGCCCUGACCGUGGUUAACCAGCUGCGGGACCUCGCCGCAGACCCCCUUAACAGGAGGGCCAUCGUCCAGGAUCAGGGCUGCCUGCCGGGUCUCAUUCUCUUCCUGGACCAUCCCAAUCCGCAGGUCGUCUACUCUGCCCUGCUGGCGGUGCGCUACCUGGCAGAAUGCCGAGCCAACAGGGAGAAAAUGAAGGGCGAGCUGGGAAUGAUGCUGAGCCUACAAAACGUCAUGCAGAAGACCACCACGCCCGGCGAGACCAAGCUGCUGGCCUCUGAGAUCUACGAGAUCCUGCAGGCGUACGGCGACGCUGAGGCCGAGCGGGCCGAGAGCGGAGCCUCCUGUCGCCGCAAGGCCCACUUCUUCCUGGGUACCAACAACAAGCGUGCCAAGACCGUGGUCCUGCAGAUCGACGGCCUGGACGACUCCAGCCGGAGGAGCAUGUGUGAGGAAGCCCUACUGAAGAUCCGCGGCGUCAUCAGCUUCACUUUCCAGAUGGCCGUCAAGCGAUGUGUCGUCAGGAUACGCUCCGACCUGAAGGCCGAGGCGCUGGGCGUCGCCAUCGCAUCCACAAAGUUGAUGAAAGCCAAGCAGGUGGUGAAAGAUGACGACGGCGAUGAGGUGAUGGUCCCCUUCCAGGAGGACCCCCUGGAGGAGGAGGUGGAGCAGAAUACGGACCUCCCAGAGUACCUCCCCGAGGAGGAGAGCCCCUCCAAAGGGCUGGACAAGGCGGUGUCCCGCGUGGGCUCCCUGCAGGAUGGUGUGGGCUGGCUCAGCACCGCUGCUAACUUCCUGUCCCGGUCCUUCUACUGGUAACCGGCGCCGGGGCAGCCCAGGUGCCGGAUGGCCUCGGCGACGAGGGAGCGUGACCACGGCCCAGAAAGAGCUGAACAAGCACAAGCCCCGCACCGUACGCCUGCACCCUGCCCGCACGCACGCCCUCACACUCAUCCCCAUGUGCCGCAGCCAAUGAGAGACUCCGGACUGCACUCAGACACGCCCUCUUUGGGGCGGGGCUGCAGAAGAGUCCAUUUUCACGGCUGGUGUUCGGCCCCCCCCCCUUCCUGGGCCGUGGGGUCGAGCUCUGACUCCACCCGAGUGUUUGGACUGCCGUCAUCACAGGUGGUGAGGAGGAGCUGUGCUUUUUUUGUCACCGCUGUCUGGUGACGCCCGACUCGCUGGGGGGCGUCGCUUUACCCGCUAUGCAGUGUGCUUUGACCGUCGCUCGGCGCCACCUCUGAGUCUCCGCCGUUUCCAUAACCGCCCACACCCCUCUGUGUCAGCCGACCCCAGCCGUGCCGCUCUCUCCAGGUGUCUGUCCGCUAUGCCGCCAUCUUCUGCCAGCCAGCAGGUGGCUCACCGGUUAAUGCUCUAGACUAAAAGGUAGGAACAUGCAGCUGUAGAGAAGUGUCUCACACGCUCUGUAUCCCCGCUGGUGUAGCUCGGAUGAUCUCACUAACACAUUGUCCUGUUUAAAGUUGUCUGAAUAACAUUGGCAGGAUAGCAUUAAGUCCCCCGCUGCUGUCUGUCUGCUGGUCCCCGCUCCACCCUCCCCACCUGGCUUCCCUCACACAAUGUGAGAAGCAGCAUUUUUGGGUCCCAGACACCUACCCCCCAUUACCUUACCUUUUAUUCAUCCCUCCCAUGCCAAACUGAUAUCCAGAUGUAUUAUUGUAAAAACAGUUAUUGUAAUAUAAUGUAAAAAAAUAAAAAUGUAAAUCGGGCAGCACUACAGCAUCGAAUGAUAAACGAUGCUCUCAGCUCUGUAUCCAUGAUGACCCAGCCAGUGAUAUUAACGAUUAGCCCAUUACAGACUGACAUGUCAAAGGUGCUGCCUCUGGGAAUGUCGCCCCAUGUGGGGACAGAAGAGGGGAUCACCUGGGAUCACCUGACCCCUCCACAGCCUUCUGCUAGGCUUACUAGGGUAACCCAAAAGUGUGUAAGAUGCAUGCUGAUGUGUGUGAGGGCCCCCUAGUGGUGGAACAGGGUUGCAGCGUGGGUUUAUUUUUUUGGAGUUUGUGCCAUGACUGUCUCCAAUCCGUCUAUCUGUCUUCCAAGCGUUUAUCCCAGACAGGCAGCGUAGGGUACCCAAGUAUAAAUAUCAUCAUUUAUUUGUGUUUUUUAGGAAUGAGAUGCUAUUUUCCUUUCUGUUACUCUUUUAUUGGUGCUGAGUUUAUACUGGAGGAGGUUUGUUUGGUCCUGUAAUUACUGUAAAAAGCCUCAGUAAUGUGUGUGCUAUUAGGACACUAAACCAUGCAUAAACCUCUAAGUAUUCGGAACACUCAGUAUGGCAGGAAACCCUUAACUAACCGUCAGCGCCACGCUCACCUGUUUUAUCGACAUUUUUAUGCAGUUGGGUUACUUACGAAUCCAAGACGGUGUAAAGUAAUGGCACCACGUAAAUAAAGGUUGAAAUCGGAGCUGUA